AUGGAGAACCCUCAGGAGACUACAGGGUUGCUCGAUGAGAGUCCCGCUUGGCAUAAUCUUUAUCAGUAUACUAUGACUGCCUAUCCCGCUGCCUUAAACAGUGCUCUGUUGCUGGCUACCCCAGCUAUCUCCCCAGCUUUGGAGAGCCCUCAAUCUGUGGCAGGUAGGACCGGUUUGCUUACUGCAUUGCAAAGACCUCGUUAUUUGGGUCCUUCAAACCGUACUGCUUUACUGUUUGGUGCAGCCCAGGCACUGGGGGCAUGGAUGAUUUACGAUGGUGAUUUGGAGAGUGGUUCAGGGUUUCUAGGGGCCUGGUCAGCUCUUUACAUGAUUGUUGGAGGUCGUGGGUCAGUGAAGGCAUUACGUUAUGGUCGUGUGUGGCCCCUAUUAGUCACAACGUUGACCGGUGCCAAUGCCUAUUUAUAUGGUCGUAGGUUUAUCACUAACGGGUUUACAUAG